AUGUCAAGAAAGUUAAAAAGAACAAACCUAUUCACAAAAGAUUUGAAUUCGCUACUAUAUUCAUAUGGUGAUGUGGCACAGCCUAUGCAACAGACUUCUCAUUGUCUGGAUGAAUUAGUUACGGCAUACCUGGUAGAUAUCUGUAAUUCAGCUUUAAAAACAGCACAAAAUUCACAAAGAAAUAAAAUUAAAUUAGAUGAUUUUAAAUUUGCAUUGAGAAGGGACCCAAUUAAAUUGGCAAGGGCAGAGGAAUUGAUAGCAACCAAUAAGUUGAUUAUUGAAGCAAAAAAACAAUUUAGUGAGACUGACAAUCAGACUUUGAAAAGGUUUAGAAAUAAUGAAAAUGAUGAUGAGGUAGAUGCUGAGGAUGACAAUGAGAAUGAAAGUGAUGAAGAAAGAGGAUCUCACACAAAAAAUAUCAAAAACACAUCAAUAUCCAAUAAAAUUAAAGGACAUAAAUAA